GCUGGGAUAAUCAUUGAGAUUAUUAGUGAUCAAUCUUUGUUUUCCCAUCUUAUUCAGUUAUAUAUUUUUGUUGGCCCUUCAAAAAGAAGAUGGAACGGACAUUUCACGCAAAGUACAUCAUACAGAAAGUUUUACCAUUCCUUCAGAAGAUGGAUACGGCACAACGGAAAGAGCGUGAUCUGGAGAAGAAGAUUCAAGGAGUGUCAAAAUGUUCAGAUAAUUGUUCUCUUUGUAGCAUUUCGAUAGCCGAUUACCACAGGGGAUGUACGACGUGUCCAUACGUUCUAUGCUUGUAUUGUUGUAAUGAUCUAAGGGCAGGAAACAUAAGACUCGGUGCUCAUAGAAUGCCCGUAAAGUAUGUCGAUUAUGGUCUGGAAUAUCGACAUGGGGUGUCAAAAAUAGGAAAAGUUAGUGUCGGGGGUAUUAAAGUGCUGAGACGUCAUACGCUUAUCGAUAAGGACCCCGCUAACCAUGUGGAGCCUUCAUUAAGAUGGGUCUGCGAUGAAAACGGUGCUAUCCCUUGUCCACCGGAAGAUAGGGGCGGAUGUGGUGAAUCUACAUUAGAGCUGAGGGGCUUAUUUUGUGGUGAUGCGAUCUCAAAGCUGAUUGAAGAAGCAAGAGAAUAUAAUGAAUUGCCCUCUUCUAUUGAGAGUAAUUCCUGCCCGAAAGUCUUUGAAGGUCCAAACGAGGAGUCGAGUAACCAAUAUUCGGUGUACUCCCCAAACUUUAAGCAAACUGAAGACAUGACUCGCGAGGAUCUAAUGGAUUUCCAGCAACAUUGGUCAAAGGGCGAGCCGAUAGUGGUACAAAAGGUGAUCGACACUGAUCCGGGGCUUAGUUGGGAACCUCAAGCUACGUGGGCUUCCUUAUGCUACGUAAACAGACAUCAUAAAGAAUUAAGAAUGACUACAACUAAUUGCUUGGAUUUUAGCAAGGUUCGUUUGUUCUCUUCUUUACUUUUUCUGUUGAAGUUUGUUGAUUUUACUACUUUUUAAAUGUUUCUCGUACAAAAUUCAUAGUC